AUGUCUCAACACUCCCAAUAUGACGCUCCUGGUGUCCCUGCCCAGCCCUCACUAUCUUUCACGCAAGGGUUCCUACUCGGACAGCUCUCCGUCGUCCUCCUAAUCGGAGCGUUCAUCAAAUUCUUCAUCUUCGGCGAAGCACCAGCACCUCCCUCGCGCGGGCUGGCCAGUCGCACUGCAUCGCAUCAUCGAUCCUACUCCAUAAAUCAAGGUGACAACAAUGUCAGCAGCAACAACAACAACAACAACACAAAUGCCGGCAGUCCACGGACCCUACGCGAGAAGCCUUCUACUUCAAACGUACUCCGGCCCGUCCCCUCAUCCGCAACUAAUACACGCUCGAUAUUGAGGAAAACAUACUACAAUGCUAUUCCUACACAGCUGUCUCAUACAAAACAAGGACGACAUCGAGUACAACAUUCUACACAUCAACCGGAAUCUUUGGACUGGUUCAAUGUGCUGAUUGCGCAGACUAUUGCGCAGUACCGGCAGACGGCAUAUUUACUGAAGGAUUCGCCGACGAGUUCGAUUCUUGAUUCUCUAUCUGCUGCGAUCAAUGACCCGCAAAAGAAGCCGUCUUUUAUCGACACGAUCAAAGUCACUGAUAUAUCACUCGGCGAGGAGUUUCCAAUCUUCAGCAAUUGCCGAGUCAUUGCCGUGGAUGAUCCGAACUCAGAUGGAGGCAGGUUACAAGCAUUGAUGGACGUUGAUUUAAGCGAUGACAACUUGUCGCUCGCCAUUGAGACAUCCUUGAUCUUGAAUUAUCCAAAACCACGCUCUGCCGUGCUGCCUGUUGCGUUGUCGGUUUCUGUGGUUCGGUUCUCGGGGACGCUGUGCAUCUCUCUGAUUCCAGCUAGUACACCUCAAAGCCCCUCCUCCGCACCGACACCAGAUGCCAGCCACUUGAACGUGCGAACGCUCUUUCAACACAUCUCAGCCGAACUAAAUGGAUCAGCAGCCAACCCCACCGCCAACCCCGAGAAAAAAGGCGUCCCCAAAACAAACCUCGCAUUCUCAUUCCUUCCCGACUACAGAUUAGAUCUCUCGGUUCGAUCACUCAUCGGGUCGCGGAGCAGAUUACAGGAUGUCCCCAAAGUGGCGCAACUAGUCGAAGCCCGAAUCCAAUCCUGGUUCGAAGAACGGGUCGUCGAGCCUCGCGUGCAAGUUGUCGGAUUGCCCGAUUUCUGGCCCAGAAAGGGGCGAACUGGCGUCAGACCCGGUGACGAUGUCGAGGCCGUGGCAGCGGCUUCUGUGUCGUCUCGCAGCGGCGGACCAGCCGAACCAACACCGUCUGUUCCAGAAGAGGCCAUCAUCGACGAUAGUCCCGUCAGACCUGGAUUGCGUUUCCGUGGGCCGGCGGGUCGGUAUGAUUCGGCUGGAAGUUUUGACGAGCUUCCGCGCGCGAGUCCAGGUUUGGGUGAAACACUUGAUAUCCCGGGUUCGAUGCCGGGAGUUCGGCAGUGA